AUGGCCACCCAGAAGGACCUAGACAAGAGCCUGAAGGAGAAGAAUCACCUGGCAAACCUGGCACUCAUCGCCCACUGGCACGGCCACGGCGGGAAGCAGCCCUUUGCCUGCACUGACUGUAGCAAGAGCUUCCACCGUGGCUCUCACUUCCUCCAGCACCGCCGUGUCCACACCAGCGAGAGCUCACAUAUCUGUUGUGACUGCGGCAAGAGCUUCCAGGGGACCUCGAUGCUCAUCGCUCACUUGCACGUCCAAACCGGCCAGAAAGCCUUCAGCUGCAGCGACUGCGGCAAGAGCUUCAGGAUGAGCUGCCAGCUCUUCCGGCACCGCCGCGUCCACACCGUCUCACAGCACCUCUGUGGCCACACCAGCAAGAGGCCGUGCAGUCCAGGUACCGCCAAUGAGAGUUUGAGCUGCAGGUCAGACCACAGCCUCAGCAACGACCUCUCCAAGGGCCACAAGGUGCAGAGUAGAGAGAAGCCAGCAGCCACUGAAGUCAUCUCCAACCCCUGCAGCAAGUGCCAGCAGAGCUUCGCCAGGCACUCAGACCUGGUGAGGCACAUGCGGAUCCACACUAGGGAGAAGCCAUAUGUCUGUGCCGUCUGCGACAAGAGCUUCAGCCAGGCCUGCAACCUCACCUGACACCGCCGCAUGCACACAGGGGAGAGACCAUACCGCUGUGCUGAGUGAAGCCGCUGUGCUGACUGUGGCAAGAGCUUCUCUGCGAGCUCCACCCUCCUCCAGCACCACCUCAUCCACACUGGGGAGAAGCCCUACCGCUGCACUGCCUGUGGCAAGAGCUUCAGACACGGUGCCACCCUCAGAAGUCACCUCGAUGUCCACACUGGCAAGAAGCCUUUCACCUGUACCGACUGUGGCAAGAGCUUCAGCCAGCGCUCCCUGCUGCUCUGUCAUCACCGCAUCCACACUGGCCAGAAGCCCUAUGUCUGCAGUGACUGCAGCAAGCGUUUCACUCACAGGUCCGCCCUCAGGCGGCACCACCUUGUCCACACAGGUGAGAAACCCUUCCCCUGCACCGCCUGCAGCCAGAGCUUCCGCUGCAGAUCUAACCUCAGCCGGCACAUGCGCAUCCAUCCUGGCCCCCGGCCCUUUGUCUGUGGUGACUGUGGCCAGAGCUUCAAACAGAGCUCCGAUCUCAUCCGGCAUUGCCGCACCCACAGCGGUGAGAGGCCAUACAGCUGUGCUGAGUGUGGCAAGAGCUUCGCUCACAAGUCUACCCUCACCAGGCACCGCAGUGUGCACAGCACCGAGAAGCCCUUCAGCUGCAGGGCCUGCGGCAAGAGCUUCAAACCCCGCUCCAACCUCACCGUCCAUCGCCGCAUCCACACCGAAAAGCAUCUGUUCCCCUGUGCUGAGUGCGGCAAGAGCUUCACCACCAGCACUCCAUUCAUCCAGCACCAACUCAUCCACAGUGGUGAGAAACCCUACAGCUGUGCUGACUGUGGCAAGAGCUUCAGCCGCAGGGGCACUCUCAGUGCUCACCGCCGCACCCACACUGGUGAGCAGUCUUUCACUUGUGCGGUUUGCAGUGAGAGUUUCACCCAGAAGGGCUACCUCAACAAGCACCGCUGCACCCACACCAGAGAGAAGCCCUUCAUCUGUGGUGACUGUGGUCAGAGCUUCAAACAGAGCGCCACUCUCAUCCAGCAUUGCCGCACACACAGCAGUGAUAGGCCAUACAGCUGCGCUGAGUGUGGCAAGACCUUCACUCACAAAUCUGCCCUCACCCAGCACCGCAGUGUGCACAGCACUAAGUCCUUCACCUGCAGGGACUGCGGCAAGAGCUUCAAACACAGCUCCAGUCUCACCAUCCACCGCCGCAUCCACAUUGGAGAGCAUCUGUUCCCCUGUGCUGAGUGCGGCAAGAGCUUCACCACGAGCACUCUAUAUAUCCGGCACCAACUCAUCCACAGCGGUGAGAAGCCCUACAGCUGUGCCGACUGUGGCAAGAGCUUCACCGAGAACGGUAACCUCAGCCUGCACCGUCGUGUGCACACUGGCGAGUCAUUCAGCUGUGCUAAGUGCGGCAAGGCCUUCAGACAGAGGGGCAUGCUCAUUCACCACCGUCGCACCCACACCGGUGAGAAGCAUUUCACCUGUGCUGACUGUGGGAGGAGCUUCAGAGACAGGCGCCAGCUCAUUGUUCACCGCCGCACCCACACCGGUGAGAGACCGUUCACCUGUGCUGACUGUGGCACGAGCUUCAGUCAAAGGGGCCAUCUCAUUGCUCACCGCCGCACCCACACCGGUGAGAAGCCGGUCACCUGUGCUGACUGUGGCAAGAGCUUCAGUCACAGGAACCAUCUCAUUUCUCACCGCCGCACCCACACUGGUGAGAAACCGUUCACCUGUGUUGACUGUGGGAAGCGCUUCAGCCACAGGCACAAUCUCAUUUCCCACCGCCGCAUCCACACCGGUGAGAAGCCAUUCACUUGUGUGGACUGCGGUAAGAACUUCACCCAUAACUCUCAGCUCAUCCAGCACCACCGCACCCACACUGGAGAGAAACCAUUCACCUGUGCUGCCUGCAGCCAGAGCUUCACCCAGCGCUGUCAUCUCACCCAGCACUGCCUCACCCACACUGGAGAGAAACUAUUCACCUGUGCUGACUGCGGAGAGAGCUUCACCCAGCGCUCUCAUCUCAGCCGGCACUGCCUCACCCACACUGGAGAGAGGCCCUUCUCUUGUGACAGCUGUGGCAAGCGGUUCAGGGAGAUCUCUACUCUUAGGCGACACCACCUCACCCACACCAGUGAGAAGGCCUUCACCUGUAGGGACUGCGGCAAGAGCUUCAAACACAGCUCCUAUCUCACCAUCCAUCGCCGCAUCCACGCCGGAGAGCAUCUCUUCCCCUGUGCUGAGUGUGGCAAGAGCUUCACCACAAGCACCGCAUUAAUCCAGCACCAACUGAUCCACAACGGUGAGAAGCCCUACAGCUGUGCCGACUGCGGCAAGAGCUUCACCCAGAAGGGAAGCCUCACAGAGCACCGUCGUGUGCACACUGGCGUGAAGUCUUUCAGCUGUGCUGAGUGCGGCAAGCCCUUCAGCCGCAGGGGCACUCUCAUCGCUCACCGCCGCACCCACACCGGUGAGAAGCCCUUCACUUGUUCUGCUUGUGGUAAGAGCUUCACCCAGAAGCAAUCCCUCAACAAGCACCGCUGCACCCACACCAGAGAGCAGCCUGCACUGGCGGAUAGAAGGACCCAGACAAGAGGUGGGAGGAUAAGAAUCACCCAGAGAUCAAGUUGGAAUAAACCCAAGUGCAGCACCAAGGGAGUGGAGGAGUGGGAGGAGGAGCAAAAAGAUUACAAGAUGGAGCAUGGUGAGCAGCUUUUCAGUUGUGAGACCUGUGGCAAGAGGGUCACACGGGGCUCUGAUCUCAGCAUCCACCGCCGCACCCACACUGGUGAGCAGCCCUUCAGUUGUGAGACCUGUGGCAAGAGGUUCAGCCAGGGCUCUCAUCUCAGGCGACACCACCUCACCCACACAGGUGAGAAGCCCUUCAGUUGUGACAGCUGUGGGAAGAGAUUCAGCCGGAGCUCUCAUCUCGGGCAACACCACCUCACCCACACCACUGAGAAGUCCUCUACCUACAAGGACUGCGGCAAGACAUUCACUCACAGCGCCACCCUUCGCCAGCACCGCAGUGUGCAUGGCACUGAGGAGUCCUUCAGCUGCUUGGAUUGCGGCAAGAAAUUCAAACACAGCUCCAGCCUCAGCAUCCACCGCCGCAUCCACACCGGAGAGCAUCUUUUCCCCUGCGCUGUGUGCGGCAAGAGCUUCACCACGAGCACCUCAUACAUCCGGCAUCAACUCAUCCGCAGCGGUGAGAAACCCUACAGCUGUGCUGACUGCGACCAGAGCGUCACCUGCAGGUCUAAGCUAAUCCAGCACCGUCGUGUGCAUACCAGAGACAAACCUUUCACAUGUCCUGACUGCGGCAAGAGUUUCACUCAGAAAGGCCACCUCAACGUGCACUGUGCCACCCACACCAGAGCUCAGCCCACACUGGAGGGGAGGCAUAGAGUCACCCAGAAUCUGUUGGGAUAA